AUGAUGAGAAUUUUUUUUCAAGAAAGAGAACAGGAGAAACUGGAAAGGGAAGCUUAUAAAUUACAAGAACAACGUAAUAGAGAACAGGAGAAACUGGAAAGGGAAGCUUAUAAAUUACAAAAACAACGUGAUAGAGAACAGGAGAAACGGGAAAGGGAAGCUUAUAAAUUACAAAAACAACGAGAUAGACAAGAAAGGGAACAAAAAGAAAGGGAAAAGGAACGGGAGACAGAGCGAAAAUGGUUUGACCUGAAUACCAUGAUGGGUACAAUGCAAAAUAGGUUAGAUAAUAUUGAUGAUGCCAACUUAGAGGCAAGAAUAAGGACAGUCACGGUGGAAUAUAUCUCGGAAUUAAGUACUAAAGUUAAUGAAAGGAUAGAAGGUAUUCUGCAGAAGGUAGAUGCAUACUUAUUUGACAGCCUGGAACUGUUGUCUCUGCAAGAUAUGUCCAGAGAUGGAUUUGAGACACUUCAACUUCUGCAGGCCAGGCCAUUGUGA